CCUACUGGGUGAUAAAACACGGAUGACUGAGUUGUCAAGAGACAUGAAUGCAUACAUCAGGCCAUCUCCAACCAGUGGGACACUGGGAGGUGUCACAAGGACCACAAAUGAAGCCAUUCUGCUCUGUGAAGGAGGAGGCUACGAUGUUGUUCUUGUGGAAACAGUAGGUGUGGGCCAGUCAGAAUUUGCUGUGGCUGAUAUGGUUGAUAUGUUUAUAUUACUGCUACCACCUGCGGGUGGAGAUGAAUUACAGGUAUUUUUCAGUUUCUCUUAUUGGUUACUACCUGGGACUAGAAAGUGAAACUUCAAUUCAGCA